UUUCACUGAUUAGGACUAAAUCAGACAGUCUACGAGUCUAUCAGUGGCGCGUGAAAACCCUCUCUUUUCCAUUUCUGUCACUAAAGAAUUAGGACCUAGGAGUGAAACUGUACCUAGUAUUGGACAUUAAUGCAUUAUUAUAACAAUCGAUAUAGAAGUAUCUGCAUUUGCGCAUUAACUGACCCUCAUUGUCUUAUGCCACAGAGCACCAACACAUUAACGCCUAUAAAGAUGAUGGCAUAAAGUUUAUAUUUUCAUACUUUAUAGACGAGUACACAGCCUUAAUAAGUCUUCUUACUCGCCUCUCAAUAGUCUUACAAUCUGUCAGAUAAAUUUAACUACCUACCAAAAGUAGGUGUCUAUAUCAAUUUUGUUGUAUUGACUUCCUAGUUCUCUCAAUUGACAACGUCGUUAAACACAUUGCACGCCCUGAAGUACGGCGCUAUUAUCAAUUUAUCAUUAUGGAAAACGAAGCUGAUAAACUAAUAAGACAUGCGAGAGUAUUGUUGAAUCUUGGCCAUUCAUUUCUAGGCACUGUUGAAAUAGAAACUUCAGAAGAAAGUGAAGAAACUGAAUCUGAGGUAACUGAUGGCGAAGAAACUGAGAUUAGGGAAAAAGAAGUGCAAAAAAAAAUUAAAUCAAGUAAACAACACAACACUGAGGAAGAGAAAGGCAAAUUUGUUAAACAACAUAAUGAUAACAUAAUAAUUAAACAGCAGAAAUUGGAGAAAAAAACAAAUCUAGGAGAUUUUCCACUACAACUUAAUAGAGAUAUACAACAAAAGUCUUACAAAACUUUACCCGUUAAAGUUGGAACAAAAAAAAAUAACCUUGAAAAAGAAGUUGGAAAUAAAUCUAGUGAUAAAAAGCAUGAAUUAAAUAUUGACUUACCAAAUAAGUUAGAAUGUGGAGUAGAUAUAAUUGGGGAAGUGCAAGAAGAGUUAAAUAAAAAGCUCCAUACAGAUGAUCAACCUAAAAUUGAUAAAGUUAAGGAACAUGAAGCCGAUGAAGAACUAAUUAAAGAUUCUGAAAAAGAAAAAAAUGAAAUACAAAUUCAGUUAUUAAUUGAAGUUCCACCAAUGCCUGGCGAAGAAGUGGAAUUAUACCUAGAUGUGCAAGUUGGUUCUGAGUGUCAACAAGAGCUUGAUAUAAAAAAGCAAGAAGCACUUGGAGAAAAACAACAAAAUAUUGGUAAAGAACAUAAAAACAUAUUAGUCAGGAAUAUAAAUCUCAUAGAUCACAAAGAUAUACAAGUGGUAAAUAAAAAUGUAGAGAUUAAAUUUGAUAAAGUAAACAUAUCACAAGACAAUGGAGGAGAUAUUCAAGAUAAAAUAAUCAAAGGAUCAAAAAAAAAUAUGGAAGAAGAAUGCAUACAACCAGAAUUAAAUGAAAAUUCACAAUUUGGUAAUUAUGUAAAGCAUAAUAUUAAAGAAUCACAGCAAGAUGAUGAUGAAGAAACACAAAUAAAUAUACAUAAAGAAACUAUGGAUGAAAAUUAUAAAAGAAUACUACAAGAAAUAGAAUCACUUAUAUGUGAUUUGAAAAAUAGAAAAAAGAUGGAAAAUAAAAAAAAAAAGCACAAGGUGAACGAAGAAGAAGAAUGUGACGAAUUAACAGCAAUACGAAUUGCAAAAAUAACAAAAGAAAUUGAAGAAUUAGAGAUAGACAUGGAACAAAAGUACGAUGAAGACCUAGAAAGGGAAUAUAAUGAAGAAUUUAAUCAAAUGUUUUCUUCAAUAAUCAAAGAAAAAUUCUUAGAAAAACUACUUCUUUCAUUCCAGGAAGAUGCUGCACCUUAUUAUAAAAGAAUUGAAAAUUUGCUUAACAAUUAUUUUCCAACCAAAUUAGAUACAAUUAAAGGUAAAAUAUUGAUAGAUCCUAUUCGUUCUGAAUGUAAUGAAGAUGUUAUAAAAAAGGCUGAUGAUGGCAAUGAUUCAAUUGAAGAAUUACCAGAAGAAUCUGAUAAAAUAACUGAAAAAGUAGAACAAGGGUCUGAUAUCUACUUUUUUGAAGUGGUACCAGAAGAAUCUGAUAUUGAAAUGGAAAACUUGGAGAAUGAAGUAGUACAAGCAGUGCCUGACAUUGUAAAUGAAGAUGGAACACAAGAAGAGUCUGAUGUAGAUGUGGAAGGAUUAUCAAAUUCUGACAAUGAAGUAACAGGCGGCUUGGAUUGGAACUUACAGAUAGAGUCUAAAAUAAAUGUAGAUGAAUCUGAUGGACAGUCAUUACAAGAAAGUGAAGAAGAAGUAGAAGAAUUAAAUGAAGAUGUAAACAUGGUAACCGAAAUAGUUUAUGAUUAUGUAGUUGAAGAAGAAGCAGAAUCUAGUUCAGUAGAAGAAUUUAGUCCAAUUGAAAAAUUUAAUUCUACAGACAAAGAAUUUAGUUCUGUAGAAAAAGAACAGUAUAAUGAAGAAUUACAACAGAAGAAUGAUAAAGAAGGACAAGUAAAAUGUAUUGGUAGAAUACAUGAAUUACAAGGAGAUGUACAAAAAAAAAGUGAUAAUGAUAAACCUGAGAAAUUUGAAGAUUUACAACUACAAAUGGAAAUAGAAAAUAUACAAGAUUUAGACGAAAUACCAUUAAAAUUGAAAAUUCAACAAGAACAAUUAGAAGAAAAAUUACAUCAACAAAUGAAAACAUUUCAAGAAGAGUUUUAUAAAAAUUCAAAACUAGAGUAUGACAAAGAACAACAGUUAAAAGGUAAUACACUAAGUGAUCCAGUUUAUGAUAGACAGCAAAAAUUGUUUUAUGAACUUAAAGAUAAAUUUCUAAAAACAAAAGAAGAAUAUAAAGAUUUGGUACAAAAAAAAACGAUUGAAGCAUUACAACAAAAAGUUGAUGAAAAGCAGUUACUAGAAAUGAAAGAAUUUCCAGAAGAGUUUGUUGAACCAAAUAUAGAAAUGGAAGAUCUCCAUAAGGAAGUUCUGCAAUUACAACGUGAAUGCACUGAAUUAGAGCCAGAAUUUAGCUAUAAUAUACCAUUAGUUGUUGAUGAAAAACCAAACAACAAUGAGACUAAAAAAGUCGAGUAUAAUUUAUAUGAUAAAUUAUUUGAAAUACACAGAAAAAAAUUACGUUUUUUUGCCGAUUCUAAAGAGUGGCCCUUAAAACAUUUAUAUCCAUCAAGUUUGCUGGAUGAAUUAUUUGAUGAUCCUUCAGAGGUUAACCCAAAUGUCUUUGUGAUCACAUUGUACACUAUUGAUAUUGGUUAUUCAAUUAAGAUAACCAUGAAUAAGGAUCAACCACCAGUUGAAACUUUUUAUAGUUACGCUGAAGAUUCAAUAUUAGAAUUUGUGGAAAAAGAACAACUUCCACCAUGUUUAUUAGAUUUACUUGAAAAAGCUAGACCUAGGUUAUUUUAUAAUGGACGUGUAAUAGCAGAAAUUCAUAAUAAAAUCCCAGAAACAUGUGAAUAUAGUGUAAUGGCAUUAAGAGUAGCUCGAUUAUUAUUGCAUCCUCAUCGUUUGUCUAUUCUGAGAGAUGUAGAUCGAAUAAUUGAAAAAUGUAAACCUACCUAUUGUUCAUAUGAACGAAGACUUAAGAUUGAGAGUAAAUUGCUUAAACUAAAUUUUCCUGUCAUGUGCAUGGAUCCGUCGCCUGUUUGUGGUUUAACUGUGAAAUUACAACAUGAUUUGUUAAGUCGUCGAACCAUGUGUCUAAACCCUCUAAAAAAAAAAAAAUAUGAUUCUUCUAAGUUUGAAAUGGAUUUGUCUAAAAAAUCACAAGAUGACAAAUUCCCUACAACAAAGUUGAAUGAGUCACAACAAUCAUCUUCAAAUUUGACGGAUACUGCAAGUGACAAUAGGAUUCAUCAUCUUUUAUGGAAGUUUGAAUUCCGUAUCAAAACUUUUAAACUCAUCAAAUUAUAUGUUUUUGUUACUGAAACUCGAGAGUAUUCUAUGUUAUUGUGUAUGAAUUCAACUGUUCCAUUUUCUAAGAAGAUGAGGUUUAAAAUAAAUCUUGAAACUAAUAAAUUAAAACCUUAUAUUGAUGUGAUAUUAGAAAAUCUUAAAAAAAAUGUUAAUCCUGACAUAUUAGUGGUUCGAAGAUAUAAAAGUGAUGAUAAAGCAGUACCUCAUCCUUUAACGUGUAUUCCAUCAUUGUUAAAUGACAAUGUUUACGAACCUGAUUCAGCAGAUAUUCAUAAAUUUCUAGAAGAGCUGGUAGAACAUAUACCUAAAAAUGAAUCUGAUGAAGAAAAUACUGAUGAAACAAAAAUGAAUAAUAAGAUGGAAUCAGAGAAGAAAAAUAUUCAUUUUGAUAGUACAAAAACAUUACCAAAAAAUCUAGGUAAGACAGAAAUUAAUACGGACCAAAAAAAGAAAAAGCAAGUACAAACUUUUGAAUCAAAAAACUCCAUUUCUCGUAAAGUUGAAUCAAAAAAGUCAAUUCCUCAUAAAGUUGAAUCAUCAUCAAUUAACAGAGUUUUUGUUGAUUCAAAAUCAUUAAGAAGUUCAACUAUACCAAUAGAUGUUUCAUUAGGUCUUACGUCAUUGCCAAAAAAAAGUCUUAAUUCAGUUGGACCAUCACUAACAGGAUCAAAAUCAAAUAUUUUACUUGAUGACAAAUCYAUUAAAAUAGUUCCCAAAGAAUUAAACUCAAUUUCAACUAAAGAAAUUAAAUCGAUAUCGAGUCCCUUGGCUAUAUUACCAACAGUAUCAAGUCAUACUACUGAAGUGUCAUUAACACCUAGAUAUAUAACAAUAUUUUCAUCUGCUGGUUUAAACAAAGAUUAUCGGCUAACAUCAAAAUAUUUAGAAAGAUUUAAAAAUCCUAGUGUGAGCAAUGAUAUUAUACAUAAACCAGUUAGCCAAACAAAAAUAUAUCAUACAAAAUAUUUGGGAAAAAAUAUGUUUUCCUUAACAUCUUUUGGUAAUGUAAACAGUCAACCUUUAAAUAACUUUGAAACAGCAAAUCAAAAAUCAGAAUUAAGUUCUGGUGACGAUGAAAUGGAGAAGAAUAUAAAAGUUGCAAAACAUAUACAUCAAAAUUCAAUCUGUGUAAAAGGUCCAGAAACCUUUGUUAAAAAAAAGGAUUUGCCUUUACUAGUUGAGUUUUCAGAAGGAAGAUCAAAUAAACCUAAUACUAUAGAUUAUCUAAGGUCUACACAACACAGUGAUGAUUUAACUACAAAUAUACAUAGUUUGUCUCACAUAAAGAUUAGAUAUCCCGUUACUAAAUCACUUCCAUCAUCUUUAAACAAGUUCAAUAAUCAAGAUCAGAUGAAUGAUCUUUCAUUUCAAGAAAUAAAUUGUACUUCAUCCUCAAAUACUAAAGAUAUUAAAUCAAAUAAGCGAAAACGAUCAUCAUAACUACAUGUAUAAUUUAUUUCUACAACUUAAUAUUUUAUUCCUUACUAUCUGAGUACAAUAAAGAACAUCAUAAUAUUAUAAUAAGUCACUAUUUAAUAUUAGUUGUGCAGUUUAAUGUAUAUUAUAUUAAUUUUGUUGAAAAUUGACUUUAUUUUUGUAAAUUCUUUUGUUUAUGAUUUAAAAAACAGCCACGAUCAUGACAGGUGGUUGGUAUGUCCAUUUUAUUUUAUUUCAUGAUUAAAGUUACUAUAAUAUUGAUUAAACUUAGUACAUAAGUUUUCUUCUACAUAAUAAACAAUUUAGUUUUUAGACAAUUUUACAUUUAUUUGUUUAAAUUAGUUUAUAGCCAACAUAUUUUUAUU